AUGUGUUGUAGUCUUACAAGACUAAAUUAUAGUACACAUUACUCUUCUGACUAUCUGGUCUUAUUUGCAGGUCUGCUGCCCGUCUACUUUGCAAGUCUAGGAUUUUGUUACAUGCUGGUAUUCAUUUGUAUGCUAUUUCUUCAAUGGAGGAAAGGAAUCCAGCAGAAGCGACGUGCAAAAGCCUGGGUGAAACAGCUGAAAACGGAAUCGUAUUUCCAGCGCGCAUUGGCUCACGAGGCAGCUGAGCCUGGAAUUAAAGCAGAAGCCUGCAGCCCCGAGUCUGAUAGCAUCCGAAAGCCACAAGACAGCUUCACGGCCAGUGAGAUCACCAUAGAUAGCAGUGGCGAUUCCAUCCCAUCAGCUCGAGAGCAGUAUAAGCCAGUGUUUCAGGAAAUACCAUGCACCUGUGUGCUCUCUCACAUGCCACCACUGCUCGAGCAUUCAGCUUCUUACCCUUGCUCAAUUAUCCGAACCAAAAGCAUGCCAUUCAACUCACCUCUGAAAUCUGCAACGUUGACAAAGGAGGCAUACAAUCUCUGUAGCAGCAUCUCUGCCUAG